CGCUGCCACCUUUCUUUCUUUCUCGACUGCCAGGAGUGUAGAUCGCCGCGAUGAACGACACAGUGACCAUCAGAACCAGGAAGUUCAUGACGAACAGACUGCUUCAGCGUAAGCAGAUGGUUAUUGAUGUUCUUCAUCCUGGGAAGGCUACUGUCCCCAAAACAGAAAUCAGGGAGAAGCUGGCAAAAAUGUAUAAGACGACCCCAGAUGUAAUAUUUGUCUUUGGCUUCAGAACACAUUUUGGUGGUGGCAAGACAACAGGCUUUGGCAUGAUCUAUGAUUCCCUGGACUAUGCAAAGAAGAAUGAACCAAAGCACAGAUUGGCCAGGCAUGGCUUGUAUGAAAAGAAGAAGACUUCCAGGAAACAGCGAAAGGAGCGUAAAAACAGAAUGAAGAAAGUCAGGGGCACAGCCAAAGCAAAUGUUGGUGCUGGCAAGAAGAAAUGAAGUGUCUAGCAGUGAGCCGAUAAAUAGAUCUUACAGAGAGACUAAAUUAUUCUGGGAAGACCUAGGUGGAGAUGGUGUUGAUCUGGCUCUAACCUGUUUAAUAAACUACAUAGAAAAUGAA